AUGUUCAUCGCGCGAUCGGAAUAUGGUAAGCUCUAUAGCACCUCCUCUCCGAUGCGCACCUUCUCCCCCGAAGGGCGUCUGUUCCAGGUCGAAUACUCGCUUGAAGCUAUCAAACUGGGAUCGACAGCGAUUGGUGUAGCUACCUCGGAAGGUGUCAUUCUAGGAGUGGAGAAGCGUGUCACAUCUACGCUUCUCGAAGCGUCGUCCGUCGAAAAGAUUGUCGAGAUUGACCAGCACAUCGGAUGUGCCAUGUCCGGUUUGCAGGCCGAUGCCCGGUCCCUCGUCGAGCACGCCCGCGUUGAGUGUCAGAACCAUGCCUUUCACUAUGCAGAGCCUCUGAGAGUAGAGAGCACGACCCAAGCGAUCUGCGACCUUGCACUGCGAUUCGGCGAGACCGGUGAUGAUGAUGAAAGUGUCAUGAGCAGGCCUUUUGGCGUUGCCCUAUUAAUCGCGGGUUACGAUGAGGAUGGGCCGCAACUGUAUCACGCCGAGCCAUCCGGCACAUUUUACAGAUAUGAUGCAAAGGCCAUCGGGUCCGGAAGCGAAGGUGCGCAGGCGGAAUUACAGAAUGAAUACCAUCGUUCCUUGACACUGCCCGAGGCCGAGACACUGGUAUUGAAAACGCUGAAACAGGUUAUGGAGGAGAAGUUGGAUGCGAAGAAUGUCCAGCUGGCUAGCGUUACUAAAGAAAAGGGCUUUCAUAUCUACAAUGACGAGGAGAUGGGCCGGGCUGUUGCGCAAUUGGGCGGUAAUCAAUGA